AUGCUGCCACGAUGGAUCAGGAUCCACACCGUUUUCCAAAUUCAGCUUCGCGAGGCUAAUUCGACGACGUUUCAUGAGCCUCAGGAGGGCGUACACCAGACCUCGCAGCAAUACCAGGAGGUCCAGAUCCCAGAUGUUGUCAAGAACUUUAUCGUGUUCUUCCACCGCAAUGUUCUGGAGAACAAUGUGCACGAGCUUCACUCGAUCUACGAGCACUCGUUCAACAAGUUGACCGAGAAGUUCUACGCCAAGGAUUCCUGGCCUGAGCCUGAGGCUAUUGCGCCUUUGGUCAAUGACGACCAGGUCUUCUUGACGCUUUACCGCGAGUUGUACUACCGUCAUAUCUACUCUCGCCUUGCUCCUACCAUCGAGCACCGCUUCCACUCUUAUGAGAACUACUGCGAUCUCUUUAACUACAUCCUGAACUCGGAGGGACCAGUGCCAUUGGAGCUCCCCAACCAGUGGUUGUGGGAUAUCAUUGAUGAGUUCAUCUACCAGUUCCAGUCGUUCUGCAACUACCGCAACCGCAUCAAAAACAAGACCGACGAGGAGCUCGCCUUCCUCCGCGACAACUCUCAGAUCUGGAGCUGCUACAGUGUCUUGAACGUCCUCUACUCGCUUAUCCAAAAGUCGCGCAUCACAGAGCAGUUGUUGGUCUCGAAGAACGGAGGCGAUAUGCAGGAGGCUGCUGGAGAGUACGGAUCGCGUCCUCUGUACAAGAUGUUGGGCUACUUCAGCAUUGUGGGCUUGCUCCGUGUCCACUGCUUGUUGGGCGAUUUCACUUUAGCGCUCAAGAUGAUGGACAACAUUGAGUUGAACAAAAAGCAGGCGCUCUUUGCCCGUGUCACCGCCUGCCAUGUCACGACCUACUACUAUGUUGGAUUCGCCUACAUGAUGAUGCGCCGCUACGCCGACGCUAUCAAGGCCUUUUCCCACAUCCUCACCUUCAUCAACCGCACUAAGCAGUACCACACCCGGUCAUACCAGCACGAACAGAUUACCAAAAAGGGCGACCAGAUGUACGCUCUCUUGACCAUGUGCGUUACUCUCUGCCCCACCCGUCUGGACGAGAACAUUCACAGCCAGUUGAGGGAGAAGUACGCCGAGCAGUCGAACAGGUUAACCAAGCCCGAGGAGGCCCUCCAGGUCUUUGAGGAACUCUUCCACUUUGCCUGCCCCAAGUUCAUUUCGCCCAACGGCCCUAACCUGGACGAUCCCGAGGUCAUGAACUUGACCCCCUUUGAGCCUGUCCAGCACUACACCAAGAUCUUCUUGGCCGAGGUCCGCCACUCGAUCUUGUUGCCCACCCUCCGCUCGUACUUGAAGUUGUACACAACUAUGGGCAAUGCCAAGUUGGCGUCGUUCUUGGAGAUUGAUCCCGAGCAGUUGCGCACGUUAUUGAUGAUGUCCAAGAUCAGGAGCCGUCAGAUCAAGUGGGUUGAGGGCACGCUGCUCGAGGGAGAGUACCAGGGCACAUCGGAUCUGGACUUCUGCAUGAAGGAGGAUAUGCUUCACAUUGCCGAGUCCAAGAUUGGUCGUCGCUAUGGAGAUUGGUUCUUGCGCAACAUUAACAAGUUUCAGGAUAUCCUUGGCGGUUUAGAGCUUUCUGCCAAGGUUUGA